AACCCCUGCCUUGGGGAACUGGCAUUACAGAAAUAACUUAGAAUAUAUGCAUAUAUAAUAAUUAAAAAUAUAAUUUUUCAUGUAUGUGAACAUUUUUUUGGUUUGGUUUUUUUUGAUAAAAUACAGGGGCAAAAAUAUCUUUACAUAAGACAGUGAAUGUUCAGAAGGAAAAUACAAGUUGAGACAAUUCAGAAGUUAUGGCAAAGGAUAAGAAGAAAGAUGGCAAGAAGGCAGAAAAAUCUGUAUAUCCUAUUCCUGCACAAGAUACUACAGCUGAGAGUAAUUCAACAAAGCUGGUAGAUGUGAAUGAAGUGGAAGAAGCACAGAAAAAUCCAGUGAUACCAGACAAAGAACCAGAGGAAGUAGAGAAACCUCCAGUCCAAGAUGUUCCUCAAUACUGUGAGGAGCCUGUUCUUACAGAAGUUAUUGUAAAAAGCUAUGUGGGUGAAAAAGUCCGUGGAAUGUACGAGGGUGAAGGAUUUGCAUGUCUUGAGGGGGGAAAUACAUAUAAGGGCAUGUUCUCUGAAGGGCUUAUGCAUGGACAAGGGACUUACACGUGGGCUGAUGGAGUGAAGUAUGAGGGAACAUUUGUUAAGAAUGUGCAGAUGUUUAGUGGCCGUUAUACAUGGAAUGAUGGCAGCAUUUAUGAAGGAUCAAUCCAGAAUGGCAUGAGGCAUGGAUUUGGAUUUUUCAGGAGUGGUACCUGUCCUGUUUCUUACAUUGGCUAUUGGUAUAAAGGCAAAAGACAUGGAAAAGGAACCAUUUACUAUGAUCAGGAACGUACCUCUUGGUAUUCAGGCGACUGGGUAAACAACGUCAAAGAAGGAUGGGGAAUUCGAUGCUAUAAGUCUGGAAAUACCUAUGAGGGUCAGUGGGAGAAAAAUGUACGUCAUGGAAAGGGAAGAAUGAGAUGGUUGACAACUAAUCAAGAGUAUAUAGGACAGUGGGUGUAUGGCAUACAGCAUGGAUAUGGUACCCAUGUAUGGUAUUUGAAGAGAAUGCCUAUGUCUCAGUAUUCCUUAAGGAAUGAAUACGUAGGUGAUUUUGUAAAUGGGCAACGACAUGGACGUGGGAAGUUCAUAUAUGCCAGUGGAGCAGUAUAUGAUGGUGAAUGGGUUUGCAAUAAGAAGCAUGGCAAGGGCAAGUUUGUCUUAAAGAAUGGUCAUGUUUAUGAAGGAGAGUUCAUAGAUGAUCAUGUGGUAGAAUAUCCUGCUUUUCAAGUGGAUGCAAUGAGUGCAAAAGAGCUGAAUGCCGUUUGCACAGCAAGUAAUUUUGGCACUGAAAACAUCACAAUGACUAAUAUCUCAGAAAAUACUUCUAUUCUGGGAUCAAAUAUUGAGUUGGAUAUAUCUUCACUGCUUGACUUGUUGCCAGUUGAAGAGAGACACAAAGAAGUGAAACAAGUAGAAUUUGCUGUGUUGAGGCAUAUUACAGAACUGAGAAGAAUUUACAUCUUCUACAGCAGCUUAGGCUGUGAUCACUCUUUUGACAACAUCUUCCUUAUGACCAAGUUCCAGUUUUGGCGAUUUCUGAAGGACUGCAAGUUUCAUCAUGCCAACAUAACUCUUGCAGAGAUGGAUCGGAUAUUGAGUGGUGAUAAAACACCACUUGAGGAGACACAUUGUCCACAUGAGACUUUACUGUUCAGAACAUUUUUAUCUUACCUUACUCGUCUAGCAUUUCACAUCUAUCAUGAAGAGCACAAAGAAAAAGGUCCUUAUCUGCAGAAGUGUUUCAUAGAAAUGAUGUCCAGGAAUGUUAUUCCCACUGCCUGUCAUAUCCAGGGUAUCUUGUUUUCUGAUGAACGAUGCACAGCUCUUGCCAUGAGCUACAUUGACAAAUGCUGGGAAAUACACAAAUCUCUUCGGAGACCGAGAACCAAACCUCCAUUUGAACCCACAAUGAAAAUGAGGGAUUUUCUUUGGAUGUUAAAAGAUUUUAAACUUCUCAGCAAACAACUAACUGCUUCAAGAGUUGUGGAAAUCCUUGUCAAAGAUGUUCCCUCUCUACAGGAUAGCAGUACUAUCAACCUGGAGCAGGAGUUGGUUUUUCUUGAAUUUGUUGAAGCUCUUCUUGGUUGUGCAUUGGUGUAUGUCACCAGUGAUAUGAUUAAGGAGCAAGUGGAUCGGGAUAGUCGGAAAAGAAGCAGUUUUAGAACCAAGGGUCCCUCUGAGGAAAUCACAAAUAUAUCUCUGAGCUCAGAGUUCUCCCUGUCCCAGUUCACCUACAGCAGUGUAAUUGGUUCAGACAUGCACAGUGACACUUCUGAAGCAACUGAGCUUUGUUCACAGUUGGCUGUAAGUGAAAAUGCUGCAUCAUCACAAGAUGAAAUAAAGGAACAUGAGAAGUCCAGGCAUCUAGUACCUGAAUUUAAAACUUCCUGCCAGCCACUGAAACCUUCUGAAGACAGAGGGUCUCCUCUUCAAGAAUUUCCACUGAAUGAACCAGAAGCCAAAACUGAACAAGAUGAGAAAUUUAGUCUGCGGAUGCGUCAGGUGCAGAUCUUUUUUACAGCUAAGCUCUUCCCUGCCUACCAGCAUGAAAAAGUGCUGAGGGAAAAAAUAAUAGAAAAUCGAAUACAGGAUGCUGAGUUAGCUGAGCUGAGAAAGCUCAAGGAUGAGGAGCUGGCAAAACUUAUAGCUGCAAGAGAAGAAGAAGAGGCAAAAAUGCAAGAAGCAGCUGCAGCAGCAGCAGAAGCAUUUGACUCCAGUUCAGAUUUGCAGGAGUUGGAGAGGCCUGGCACACGGUUAGCACCCCCUCCGAAGGACGAGGCAGUCACUGCACCAUCCCCGGUCUCUACCAAGGGGCAACGCAAAAAGAAAAAGAAGAAACCCUGAGAGCUCUGGAAGCUUCAAAGGUCAAGUUUUAGACUGCACCAACUAUUGUUCAACCCUCUGGAAUGAAACGUGUGUGGAAUAUUUACUCAAAAUUCAUGUACUCCCAGACAUUUUGCCCUUGAGGAAAGCAGCAGCAAACAAGAGCUACCUUCCAUAGUGUUGUAGAUUUCCUGGCAUUUCAGCACGUAUUGGAGAAUCUCUUCCUGCUAACUGAAGCAAAAAAGAACACACACAAGAAAAAACAACUUAGAGGUAUUUUCUGUUACAUUUUGUGGGCUGUCUUUAAACCAAAUCAAAGCAAACUAUUUGCAGAAAUUGCCACCCAUGAACACAUACAUUCACUGUAACAUGAAGGAGGUAAAGCUAAAGUGUAAGAGAUGCUGAUACAACAGGGAAUUCUGAUUCUGCGUUUAUCAAUUUUAAAACUUAGUUUAUGAAGCUUUUGAUGGGGGGAGGGAUAACUAACUCCAUGUGGUUUUAUUGCAGUUCAUGCUGCAUUUAGCUAUUCAGCUGAAGUGAUUCAUUGGCAGUACUGAGCAGUCAUCAGGUACCAACAUUCAGUGAACUCCCAGUUUAUGCUGUAAGCAGUAGGUGCAAAUACUACUGAGUACAGUCAAGCCUUGAAGGAAUACAUCUCAGAAU